UACCUGUUUGCCAGGCACAGGCUGUCAUGCAUAGCUAGUUCGAGAAGGAUCAUGGCGCCUCCAGUCGUUAGGCUUCACGUUGCUUCCUCACGUUGCCCGAUCUCGGAAAAUUCGUCAGGGCAACAUUGAGAGACGUUCUCUCGAGUCUUGCGUUUCUUUCUCUGACCCCAUGAUCUGACCAGGGCCUUCUCAGCCUUGUCCAUCAUCAGCACCUUGGACCCUUUUCAGGACUUUGAAAGUGGAAGGGCGCAGACAAUUGUGCAGGAGGAAAAACCUCCUGUCACACCACUUCAGUGACUUAUUUUCUGACAUAUCCUGACAUUGAGUCAAAGGUAGAAGUGCAUCAUGGACUAUGAGAUCAAAGCUGCCGCUAAGAAGUUGGAGGCAGAGCAGAAAGCUCGCCUGGAGAGAACACGGAGAAGACUGGAACAAGAGAGGAAAGCGAAAGAUGAAGCCAAGCGAAGGCAGGAAGCAUUUGAGGAGGAGCACCGCAAGCGUCGCCUCGCUGAUGCAGUCGCCGCAGAGGCCGCACGCAAGAAGCUGGAAGACGAGAUCUCCGCCGGACAGGGCAUCCGCUUCACUCGCAGGCUCCGCACUUCCCUCCUGCCUGGGCAUAACGUAACUAGCAGCGGCGACAAGAUCACUUUGCCCCAGUCUGUCCUGGCGGACUUGCAGAUGCAGGGGGCGCUCGACAAAGGCCCCAUAUUCUUUGAGAUCGUCACGUCCGAGGUGGCAGCUAGGAGAGAGGCGCAGACCGCAGCUGAGGCAGCGGCAGCCUUAAUAGGGCCUGGGGACAGAGUCGCUGAUUCCCAGGAAGAAGCAACGGGGCGGACACACGCAGGGGUGCUGGAGUUCACCAGUGAAGAGGGCUUCGUGGGGCUCCCCAGACAUGUGGCUAAUUGUCUUUGGGGGCAGGAUCUGGGGGAAUUAGGCUGGGAGGGGCGGGACGUGGUGGUUAAGUACGUGCGCCUGUCGAAAGGGACGUAUGCAAAGCUACAGCCGGCGGGGAACACCGAAUUUGCUGACGUGGCAAACCACAAGGCGGCGCUGGAGACGGCGCUAAGAACGCAUGCGACGCUGACUGUGGGGGAUGUGCUAGUGGUGCGCCAUGGGGGGGUGGACUACGAGCUGAGAGUGGUGGAACUGAGGCCGGCGCCUCAGGUCACUGUCAUCGACACCGACAUGGAGGUCGACAUCGAGCCGACCGUUGAGCGUGCGGAGGUGCUCAAGCGGAGUGAGCUCAAGAUCGGCGCCGCGCCUGUUUCUGGCGAAAUCUCCGAAGGCAACACCCGCUUCUUCCGCUUUCCCCUAGACUCCGCAUCUGCAAGCGCGAUUACUGAGGGAACGAGCAAUCUCGUGAUUACGCUAGAGGGUAGCGGGGAAGGAGCAGACGCCGAUUUGUACGUUGCAGCGCACCCUAAUUUGCACCCCAACCCCCACAGCCACCAGUUUUCGAGCCACGACGUGGGAACCAAAACCGUCAUUAUUUCGGGGGACGCUCUCAGAACCCUUUCUCCGACCGACGGGCAGCUCAGUUUCGGCGUCGGAGUCCACGGUUACAAAGGCACCACGAAGUUCCGCCUGUCAGUAACACUGAAAGAGCAGGAAACGAAGGGUCAGAAGCUCGGAGGAAGUGGCGCCGCGGAGGCCCUGCCGGGAGCGGGGUACACUAGCUGCCCUAAUUGCGGGCAGACCAUUCCGGCUGCGUCGGCGGUCCUUCACGGGGCCUACUGCCGCCGGCACAACGCGGUGUGCCCCUUCCCGGGGUGCGGGCUCGUUCUGCGGAGAGACGAGAUGAAGAACCACGUGCACUGCGAGCAGUGCGGGAAGGGUCUUGCGGCGGGGGGGGAGCUGGAGAAGCACGUCCGGGUCCAUCACACCCCCCUGAAAUGCGAGUGUGGGGCGGAGCUGGUGAUGGAAGAUAUGGUGCGGCACAAGGCGGAGGACUGCCCACUGCGGUCCAUCAUGUGCAGGUUCUGUGGAGACCUCGUCCCUGCCGGAGGUGUUCCCGACGACUACCGGGACCGGAUACAAGGGCUUUCGGCCCACGAAGCAUCCUGUGGCUCUCGUACUGCCACGUGUGAGGACUGCGGGCGCUCCAUCAUGCUGAAGAACUUUGACGUGCACCGAGCUGCGGUGCACGGGCAGAGCACCAAGGGUUCCCUCCUGCCGCAACUACCCGUCGAAACCCCUAUAGCUUCCCGUGAGGCUGGGACGGCUGCUUCUAGCGGUCCAGCUUCCGUAGAGUGUCCCGUGUGCGGUAGAAGUUUCUCGGGUUCGGACGCUCAGAUGGUUCUCAAUCGGCAUCUAGACGAGCACUUCAAUCCUGCCCCAAGCGAAGAAAAGCCGACCACUGCUGUGGAGGGGGGCCGCAACGGGGCGAGCACGUCGGAGGAUGUAGAGAUGCUUGACCCACCAGUAGUUCCGCCAAUCAGCGUGCCAAAUGAUGCGCUGCGGAGGAGAUUAGACGUCGAGUGUCCGAUAUGUGGGGAGUCGGUGCAUAGCGAGCGCGACCUUAGCAUGCACAUAGACGCAGUGCACUAAUGACAUAGUGGCAUGCUGUUCUAAUUGAUCAAGUGUACAAAGUUUGCAGACUCGUCAGAUUCUGGUCCCUCUAGCCUCAAGGGAUUGCGUAGGGCCAAUUGCUAUGAGCCGCGUGUACCUUGGACGGGGUGUAAUCUGACAAGCUUAUUGACGAAAUGUGUACUUUGGACAGCUCUAAGGUGACUCGUGAACCCAAGAUAAUUUUGAGAUUGGUCUCUGCAUGGCCUCGUACUGCGGCAUCCUUCUCAGGCUUUGCAUGAGCCAUUUCAACGUGUAGCAGGA